AUGGAGAGUUACACGCCGAGGACGGCCGCCUCGGCACCUGGAACUGUAUUGAAGGAUAAUGAUCUGGUGAAAUGGUUAGAGAAGAAGUUGGGCGACAGUGGUGAGGGAUGGGAGGGAAGGAAUGCCGCAUCUUUUCUCUCAAAGGAGAUGCUCGAGGAGUUGGAGACGUGUUUUCAGAAACUCGAGACGAACACCAAAGUGAAACUGCUAACAGCCAUCCCGCACAUUCAACACCGAUUGAUGACAAAAUGGCGUCCCCAAGUGGAAAUCCUACUGAACCUGGCGCGACGCGACGCCGACGACUGGGUGGAAGCGGUAGCGGAAUUCUAUCGCGAGUUACCGCAGACGAGUCGAAUCGUGCCCGAGCCAUCCGCCUCGGAAUCUCAUUUCUAUUCGGCGCUCGGGGAAUUGAAAGAAAUUGUAAAACGUCACGCCGAAGCGGGUGACAUCCGAAUUUUGCCGCCAACGGCGCAAGUGAUGUCACAUUCGGUGCUGAAACAACAGUAUGGUAUUGCGGAAGCCGAAUGCGAGAAACACUUCACGUUAAGGCGAAAACCGCGAUCACAUUUGCUGAAGAUGGAAGUGCUGAAACAGGCCGAAGCUGCAGCAAACCCUAUUGGAAAAUCGAAGGGCUCUCUUCACGGAUUGCCGAUUUGCAAGGUUCGCUCGACGGCCAGGAAACCGAAUAACGAUCUUCCAAUGACGAAAGUAGUGAUGAACACCUGCAAAUUGUCAGCUGGAUUCUCGAAUGAACCGAAGAAAUUUCAAAGGCCGGCUUUAAAAAGAGAAGGUGGCGCAAAACUGCUAGACAUCAGCGAAAUUCCGCAAUCGAUGAAAAAACGAAAAAUUGAUGUAAUGGCUGAGGAAAGAAAAAGAAAAGCUGAUGAGAAAGAGGAAAUGAAAAAGAAAGAAAAGGAGGAAAAGGAAGCUCGAAUCGAGGAAAUGAAAAAGCGUCGAGAAGAGGAGAAAAUUGCAGCUGAAAAGAAGAAAGCCGAGCGAUUCGCCAUGAUGAAAGCCGCAAAAGUGACGUCAAAAUCGAUCUCCCGAAACCCGUCACUUGCCUCACAAAGCUCCGGUGAUGAGGGGAUCAAUAAAAUCGCCCAAGAACCACCAAAAGCGAAUCCGAAAGUCACCGUGGAUUCAGGGAAAAUGCUGUUCGACUUGGAGAAAAAAUCGCAAAAAUUGAUUGACGAUGAGGAAAGAGCUGCCGUUCGAGCACUCACACCCGACUCUCCCCCAAUGAUGUCACCGAUUUCUGGCAUCGCAAUCGCACAACAAUCACCGCAACAGCAACGCUUGCCACACGGCGGAUUGUUUCAGCAAUUGCCCAGCGAGCCACCGCGGCGUCUCCUCAAUCAACCCCAAAAAUCGCCGCUUCUCUCACCAACUACUUCAGCCUCGCCAAUGCAGUCUCCAUCAGCACUCUUUCAGUCGAUCAAUGAACCCGCUCAGCAGCGAGCUUUUUCAAAUUCGAAUCCAAAUGAUCGAAAUUCUUUGAUGAGUCAACCGAUGAGAGCCGGGAUUGGACGCGGGGCAAGACAGGAUCUGCACACCCUCUUUCAACCGCUUCCACAGAACAACCAUCAGCCACAGCAGCAACAACAAAGAAAUGUCCCAUUGUUACAGGAGCGUCGCCCAUCAUCCGAUGACUCACCUCAACCUCAGCAACUGCAAUAUCGCCUCUCGCAUAUGACCCAACCGCCACCAGCAGUUCAAACGACGAAUCAAAAUCGGAUCGGCCAACAGCAAGGAAAUGCUCAGCCGAUGCGCGUCGUCGUGCAGACCACUCAACCCCAGCAACAACAGCGGCUUGUUCAACCGAUCCAGGUGCAACUCCAAUCUGGUGGCCUUUUCCAAACGAUUCCCAAUCAACAAACCCAAAAUCACCAAAGAGCGCAACAGCAGCAACAACAGCAACAACAACAACUCCAAAAUGCUCCACAAAUGAUUGUGCAGAGACGGAUGUCUCAAACGAUGCAACCAUUGCCAGCGUCUGCUCAAGCACAAACACAGCAAGCGCCACCAGCUCUCCGACAACCAGCACCCCAAAACGUGAAUUUCAAUCCGGAUAAGAACGACCAAGUGCGCCGACAGUGCGAGGAAAUGCUCCGAACGGCGAAUCGUUUAGAUCAAGCUGGACGGCAAAUCGUUUUGGAUUUCAUGUGCGGGAAUAAAGUGAAUCCUCGUCCCGAUAUCGGGCAUAUCAUCACGAUCAAAUUGUCGGAGACUAUCGAGGAUGGUAUGAUGGAAUCGGGAUUGGUGAAGAUGAGGGUCGAGACGUUCUUUCAAAUGGACUUUUCCACCGGUGAAUGGAAACGUUUACGCAAAUGUAAGCUGUUGACGGAUGAAGAGAUGCAACAGGUCGGUUUCCAAUCACCGCAACAACAGCAAAACUCGUUUAUGUCUUAUGGACAAUCGGCUCAACGGCCGUAU